CCUUUUUUUUCGUUCGUUCGUUCACUUGUUUUUCAACUGUUUCAAUUUAUUCUCCAAUAAUUAUUCUGAAAUAAUGUAUCUAUUGAAAAAUAUUUCCUAUGGAAUCUGGUAUUGUUUACAUCAAUAUUGGAUCGAUGCAUCCGAUCCACGUAUCAAUCAUCUACCAUUGUUUGAAGGUGGUCCCGAAAUUGUUCUAUUAAUUUUAGCAACAUAUUUAUUAUUUGUCAAAAUAAUUGGUCCAUGGUGGAUGUAUGAUCGUAAACCAUAUGAUGUAUUCAUACCAAUGUUAUUAUAUGAUAUUAUUAUGGCCAUAAUUAAUGCGGUAAUAUUUCUAUCAAUCAUUGUGAAUCAUAUUGAUUAUGGUCAAAGAUUUUUACAAUUUAAAUUUCCCGAUCCAAAUGACCAUUCGGAACGUACAAUAUCAGAAAUUAAUAAUGGCUAUCUAUGUUAUCUAACACGUUUGGCCGAUCUAUUGGAUACGGUGUUUUUUGUUCUACGAAAAAAACAACAACAAAUUACAUUUUUACAUAUUUAUCAUCAUACAUUAGUACCAUUGAUCGGUUGGAUGGCAUUGAAGAUAGCACCACAGGCACCGGUUAUCAUAUUAUUCUUAAUGCUUAAUUCAUUCAUCCACGCUGUUAUGUAUACAUAUUAUGCAUUAGCUGCAUUCGGUAAUCAUUUACGUCGUUAUCUUUGGUGGAAAAAAUAUAUUACCCAAUUACAAUUAAUACAAUUUACCAUCUGUGGUAUCUAUGGUAUAUUGAUGGUAUUCCUGGCCGAAGGUUUUCCAAAAUUUCUUUUCUGGUUAGGUUUUGCACAGAAUCCAUUCUUUUUCUAUAUGUUUUAUGAUUUUUAUCGAAAAUCUUAUCACACAAGAAAAAACAUCUUUGAAUCGUUGAAUUUAACA